UCGUGCAACACUGCCACCCCGUGUCCGGCCGAGCAGCUGCACUCUCCCGCUGAGCGCUCAGACGGGCUUGGCGCUCCGUGGUCUGCAGGCUGCUGCUGCUUCCUCUCAGCCUGAACGGAGCUUUUUUCUCCCGCACAUACCCGGGCUGACAGCCGCCGUGCCGUCCCCUCCGCUCUCAAGGAACAUCUUUUAGGACACCUUAAACACCUUUUUCCGACGCUGUGCUUCCCCUCAAAGCCGCCGUGGUCUGCUUGUGUGAAUAAAGAGCUGCGGUAAAGAGAGAGCCUCCCUCCUUCAGCUGCUAGAUACCAGAGUGUUGAAGCACAGCAAGAGGAUUUACUCCUCAUCACGUCUGCCCCCGGAUCACAGCUCCAGUUCAUCAGUGGCAGCUUGCUUACUGCUGCACUGUUGGAUCUAAUUGGACAUCAGGCCUCCAGGGUGUUGGGGAUGUGCCUCUCAGCGCAGCUGGCAGCAGCACAAUGAUCUCUGCUUAUCUGAGCGAAGAGCCACAGAAGCUUGAACAGCUCAGAGAGAGGCCAAUAAGAUCCCCUCCUCCAGAAGGAUCUCUUUAACACGGCUGUCUGCUGUGAUGAAUGCUGAUAUGUGGCCAGCUGAGGAACAGUGAAGGAGAUUCCAUGAGAAUGUGGAGGAACUCUGUGUUGGAGCCAGGGAUGUGGAUUGCACUCUGAGGAAAGACGCUACAGCAUAACUAUUACCGUAUUGUAAAACUGCUCAACCUGCAGGCUGAAAGUCCUCAUCAGGUUGUGCCGCUCCAGUUAUCAUAAUGACGCUCUCUCGGUAGCCUCCCGCUACCAGUUUGACAUUCAUCCUUUUCCCCAAAGCUCCCUCACUGCUGAUAACACUCAGUGCCACGUUUUACUUUAACUGUACAGACCGCCACCUGCCAUGGAUCGCCUGUGUCCGGGUGAAGGCGUGAGCCGGACGCAGGCCCUCGUCGGCAAACUGUAGCCUCCUGGAUUGUCUUCAGCUUAUUUCCAGUGAUUUUAUUUUGGAGUUAAUCUUUCUUUGGACCAGGGAUGGAUGUACCGGAAGCCAGCAAGCAUGGCAAGAAGUCUACAAGUCAAAAGCUGGAGGAUCAGAAAAAGAUUUACACAGACUGGGCCAAUCACUACCUGGCCAAGUCUGGCUGUCCGCGCCUCAUCAAGGACCUGAGCCAGGACGUCACUGAUGGAGUCCUGCUGGCACAGAUCAUCCAGAUCAUAGCGAAUGAGAAGGUGGAGGAUAUCAAUGGCAGCCCCAGGAGUCAGUCGCAAAUGAUCGAGAAUGUGGACGCCUGCCUCAGUUUCCUGGACGCCAGAGGAGUGAAUGUACAAGGGCUCUCAGCAGAAGAGAUCAGGAAUGGCAACUUAAAGAGCAUCCUGGGCCUCUUCUUCAUCCUGUCACGCUACAAGCAGCAGCAGCAGCAACAGCAGCAGUAUUACCAGUCCCUGGUGGAGCUCAGCCAGCAGACCAGCAGCACCGCAUCGUCCGCCAGCAGCCUCAAGACGCAGGAGAUGCAGUCCAGUCUCACAGCACGAUAUGCAAGUCCUCCGGGCCACAGUGGAAUAGGGUCACCACAGAAGAAAAACACAAGGUUACCGGGACCCUCCAGGGUACCUGCUGCAGGCAGCGGGGCCUCCAGGAACCUGGGCUCUUCCAACCUUAACCGUCGCAGCCAGAGCUUCAACAGCAUCGACAAGAGCAAACCUCUCCAGUAUGCAAGCGGCAACGACAGAGAGGCGGUGAGGGGCAUCCCAGUACCCGGCGGGAUGAACGGGAGCGGUAUCGGUGGGACGGUUCCCACCAGCCUCAGUGGGCAGCAGCUGGCCUCUGCUAUCCCCUCCCCCUCCUCUGGCAAGUCAUGGCGAAGCAAGUCUAUGAAUCUCAAGCACAGCGCCACCUCGUCCAUGCUGGCCAGUCCCACGCACUCGCCCUCGUCCACCCCUUCACCCCAGACCCCGGAAGGCCUCCAGCCACAUGGAAGCGACGGGUCAAAAGUAGGGUCAGCUGUCGGCGGGGGACCCCAGAGGUCCAUGCUGGAGAAGUUCCGUCUUAUCAACCCUCGAUCAGCUUCGCGAACGUCACCGUCUGUGGCGGAGAUGGCGCUGCAGGAAGAGGAUGAUCUGUCAGAGUACGGCGAGGAUGGAUUGACGCCCAUGGGGUCCGUGUGCAGCAGCAGCAGUAGCAGUGCUACAGCCAAACAAAUGCCUACAAAGACACCCACAUCCUCCCUCAAUGCAUCAAGCAAGACCUCCUCCUCUUCCUCCCCUUCCUCUUCAUUUUCAAAGGGUUCUGCUAAUGGUAGCAGGUCCAUGGCCUCGUCCAAAGACAAGGAGGACAAAAGCAAGUCUGGGAAAUCUUCUAAGGACAGUUCUCCACCCAAAGAGGAGCGUGAGUCGUUUGCUGACUCCACAAAGAAGACCUCCAAAAUCGCCAGCCUCAUCCCCAAGGGAGGGAAGCCGUCAUCGGGAAAGAAAGAUGCUUCCAGCGGCAUCCCUAAGCCAGGACUUAAAACUCCCUCCACCACGACGGCCAAGCCUCAGAGUCAGUCCCAGACUCAAAGCCAGGCUACCUUAAACAGCAGCGGCAACCUGCGGGGAGGAGAGGGAGAGAGAGCCAAGCUGACAAAAAGUGGACAGGGCGGGAGUUUCUACAUACAGCGCUCCAUUGGGGGCCCAGAGGCCAAACGGACCAGCAUGACCUCCUCCACCAGCACCUCAGCCCUGUCCGGGUCCAGUGGGGUGCUGGUAGGAGGAGGCGGAGGAGGAGGAGGAGGAGGAGGAGGAGGAGCUCUUGGAGGGAAUGGAGUUGUUCAGCUUCCUCAGCAACAGCAGCACAACCACCCCAAUACUGCCACUGUGGCUCCCUUCAUGUACAGGACAUUCUCAGAAAAUGACUGCACCAUGGUGGCCCCAGCCGACCCCUGCCUCAGCCCCACCAAGGGAGAGCUGGUUUACAGCAAGACAGCCAAACAGUGCCUGGAGGAGAUAUCAGGAGAGGACCCUGAGACAAGACGCAUGAGGACGGUGAAGAACAUCGCUGACCUGCGGCAGAACCUGGAAGAAACCAUGUCCAGUUUACGGGGAACACAGAUCAGCCACAGUACACUAGAGACAACCUUUGAUACCACGGUAACCACUGAGGUCAACGGGCGGAGUCUCCCAGCCCUCACCGCACGCUCCUCCCCCAUGGCCUGGCGUCUGGGCCAAUCCCAAACCCCACGUCUCCAGGCAGGCGACGCCCCCUCAAUGCCCAGCAGCUAUGCUGCGCCCAGGGCGAGCACGACAGGCGCUGGCACCACCACAGGCCGCUACAGUGGGCACUCGGACCCCUCCAGGUUUGUGUACAGCGCCCCCCUGAGGCGAGGAGCAGCAGCAGGGGCGAGGGGGGCGGAGCAGGGGGAGAAGGGAGGAGGAGGGCUGGAAGGAGGGAAGCAGAUGGAGGUGGCAGGGUACAUGAGUGAUGGGGACAUCCUAGGAAAGAACGGCCGGAUGGAUGAGAUCACCAGCGGAUACCUUACAGACGGCGGCCUCCAUCUGUAUGCACGGAACACAGGCCGAGCCUCAGACGUGGCUUCUUCUCGAGAAAUAUCUCAGAGAGGAGGCAAAGAGAUGCAGGGCGACAUAGACAGCUGGGACGACAGCAGCUCAGUGAGCAGCGGGCUGAGCGACACGCUGGACAACAUCAGCACUGAUGAUCUGAACACACCAGCCUACUCCGCCGUCAGCUCGUCACGCAAAAGCAAGGGAGCACAGUCCCAGAGAGGAAGCAGGUCCAAGCAUGCAGAGCAGGAGGUGAGCAGCAGCUGGGCCGGAGCCGAGGACUUGAAGAAGGUGGAGGAGGAGCUGGAUGCAAGCAUGGACCCCAGCAGCGGCUCCUCCCGCUGGAAGCCUUCCUCAUCCUCAUCUUCCUCCCAAGCCCAGGGCCAGUAUGAGGAUGCUGGUCAGAAGGCCGCUGCACUGGCCCAGAUGUCCCAGACUGGCUCGUUGAGGAGGGGCAUGACGGCCCAGGUGGGCAUCACGCCGCCCAGGACAAAGAGUACCUCUGCCUCCCUCAAAACACCUGGCAAAACUGAUGAUGCUAAAGCCUCAGAGAAGGGCAAGGCGCCUUCCAAGAGUUCAGCUGGCAUCCAGCGCUCACCCUCAGAUGCUGGGAAGAGUAGUGGAGAUGAAGGCAAGAAACCCCCCUCUGGCAUUGGACGCCCACCCACCACAGGUUCUUUUGGAUACAAGAAGAUCCCUGGUCCCAGUGGCACCCUAAUCACCUCCAGUGGUGCAACACUCACCAGUGGCUCAGCCACCCUGGGCAAGGCACCCAAAUCCUCAGCUGCCCUCGGCAAAGGUGCAUGCAUUGGUGGUGUGCGUAAGACCAGCCUGGAUGGCUCACAGCCCCAGGAUGAUGGCAUUUUGCUCAGCUGCGGAGGCUCCAAAGUGCCCCUGCAGUAUCGCUCUCUCCCCAGACCAGCCAAAUCCUCCAGUGGGGUGGCGGCAGGGCGCAGCGGGCACCGCUCCAGCUCCAGCAGCAUCGACUCAAACGUCAGUGGCAAGUCAGCUGGAGGGGCAGCGACGCCAGCGGGCGCCAAACGCAGGGACGCAGGAAAAGUGGGCUCAGACCGCUCCAGUCCCAUCACCAUCAACCAGACAGACAAGGAGAAAGUGGCAGUGUCAGACCAGGACCCAGCAGCAGGACUAUCCACCUCCCCCAAGUCCAGCCCCACCUCCACUUCAGCAGGCCAGUCAGGCCUCAGGCAGCCGGGCUCCAAGUACCCUGAUAUUGCUUCUCCUACCUUCCGCAGAUUGUUUGGCACCAAAGCCAGCAGCAAGGCCAGCUCUCCGGGCACGCCCGACUCUGGCAAGUGCCCCUCAUUACUGGGCAGCCCCCACGGCACGCUGGCGAGGCAGGCCAGUCUGGACUCGCCCUCCUCUGGCACGGGGAGCCUGGGCAGCGCUGGCGGCCUGAGCGGUGGCAGCAGCCCACUGUACGGUAAAACCCCAGACCUGUGCACUGACUCCCUGGCCUCCAGCCCGGCCUCUGGCCUCUCCUUGCCCUCCAACGCUCGGCCCUGGCCUGCCUGUAGCUCAUCAGCUGGCAGCAAGGACACACUGAGCUGCCAAAGCAUGACCAGUCUGCACACCAGCUCUGAGUCCAUUGAUCUGCCGCUGGGCCACCACGGGCCCAAGGUUACACGAACCGGCAGUGUCAAGUCCACCCUGUCUGAGGGCAUGCCUCUUGACAGAAACACGCUUCCCAAAAAGAGACUGAGGUACCCUCCGUCCUCACGGCAGACAUCCCAUGAGGAAGGGAAGGAGUGGUUGAGGUCCCAUUCAACAGGAGGGCUUCAGGACACCGGCAGCCAGUCCCCGCUGUCUCCUCCAGGAGCCUCCUGCACCACCACGGGAAAAUACCACUACUCCAACCUGUUGAGCCCCACUAACAUCAGCCAGUAUAACCUGCCACCAGGCAGCAGCAGUAUGAGCCGCUCCAACAGCAUCCCUGCCCAGGACUCCUUUGACCUGUAUGGAGAGGGUCACCCACUGGGUGGCAGUGCAACCUCCCUAGAGGAUCGCCCACGGGCCAUUAGCCGCUCUGGCUCCUUCAGGGACAGCACUGACGAAGUCCAUGGCUCUUCACUGUCUCUGGUCUCCAGCACGUCUUCACUGUACUCUGCGACUGAGGAGAAAGCGCACUCAGAGGGCCAAACAGUCCAAAAUUCCACGCAAAUCAGAAAGCUGCGUCGGGAGCUGGACGCCUCUCAGGAGAAGGUGGCGACCCUGACGUCUCAGCUGGCUGCCAAUUCUCACCUGGUGGCGGCUUUCGAGAAGAGCCUGAGUAACAUGACCUGCCGCCUGCAGAGCCUCACCAUGACUGCUGAACAAAAGGAGUCUGAGUUGGCUGAGCUGAGAGAGACAAUAGAGACGCUGAAGACCCAGAACACCGAUGCCCAGACGGCCAUCCAGGUGGCGCUCAACGGCCCGGACCACCUACACAAAGACCUGCGGAUUAGACGGCAGCACUCAUCUGAGAGUAUGUCUAGUAUCAACAGCGCGGCCAGUCACUCCAGCAUGGGCAGCCUGGGCAAGGACACAGAAGACAAGAAGAAGAAGAAGAAGAGUUGGGUGGCUGAUUCCAUCCCGGCUCAGUUACGCAGCUCCUUCAAACAGGCCUUCAGCAAGAAGAAAACCAAAUCUCAAUCAGCACAUGAUGAGAUGGAGGAGAUGACCGACUCGCUGCCGUCCUCGCCAAAACUGCAGCACGACAACAGGCAAGGCAGCAUCGCCACGCUGCGCUCAUCGCCCUCCACCACAGAGCUGUGUGAAUGCACCGAGGCCGAGGCUGAAAUCAUCCUCCAGCUGAAGAACGAGCUGAGGGAGAAGGAGCUCAAGUUGACAGACAUCCGCCUGGAGGCGCUUAGCUCCGCCCACCACCUAGACCAGAUCCGAGAGGCCAUGAACCGCAUGCAGAACGAGAUUGAGACGCUGAAAGCGGAGAACGAUCGUCUCAAGUCCAGCGGUAACGCCACGCCGACAGCCACACCCGUCAAGACAGCCCGGCCGCCCUCCGAGACCUCCAGCACGUCCUCAUCCUCCUCGCGUCAGUCCUUGGGGCUGUCGCUCAAUAACCUCAACAUCACCGACACCAUCAUGUCAGAUAUUCUGCUAGAUGAUAGCUACGAGGGCAAUCUGCGCAAAGAAGGCCGGAGUGUGCGAAUAGUGGUUACCAUCAACAGCGGGCCAAAUACCACUAAGGGUACACAAAGCCAGCAGUACCUGAUUGGCUCUAUAGGUGUGAGUGGGAAAACCAAGUGGGACGUCCUGGAUGGGGUCAUCCGACGCCUCUUCAAGGAGUAUGUGUUUCGGGUGGACCCCCUGACCAGCCUGGGUCUGAGCUCAGACAGCAUAGUCUGCUACAAGAUGGGCGAGGUAGUUCGCUCCCACGCCUCCGAAGUGCCUGAGCUGUUGCCAUGCGGCUACCUGGUGGGCGACAACAACGUCAUCAAGGUCAACCUCAAAGGCUUGAAGGAGAACAGUAUAGACAGCCUGGUGUUUGACACGCUCAUUCCAAAGCCCAUCAUCCAGCGGUACCUCAACCUGUUGAUGGAGCACCGUCGUAUCAUCCUCUCAGGACCCAGCGGCACCGGCAAGUCCUUCAUGGCCGCCAAGCUGGCCGAGUUCAUCAUUACCCAAAUGGGGCAGAAGGUGACUGAGCACAACCUGGCCAGCUUCAACGUGGACCAGAAUUCCAGCAAGGACCUGCGUCAGUACCUGUCUAACCUGGCAGAACAGUGUAACUCAGAGGAGACGGACACAGAGCUCCCCACUGUGGUCAUCCUGGACAACCUCCACCAUAUUGGCUCCCUCAGUGACAUAUUCAACGGCUUCCUCAACUGCAAGUACCACAAAUGCCCUUACGUUAUCGGGACCAUGAACCAGGGAGUCUCCUCCUCUCCUAACCUUGAGCUACACCACAACUUCAGGUGGGUGCUGUGCACCAACCACACCGAACCGGUCAAAGGUUUCCUGGGUCGUUUCCUGCGGCGGAAGCUGAUAGAGACGGAGAUCAAUAAGAACAUGCGCAGCAAUGACCUGAUUAAGAUCAUUGACUGGAUCCCCAAGACCUGGCAGCACCUCAACAGCUUCCUGGAGGCACACAGCUCAUCUGAUGUCACCAUAGGCCCUCGCCUCUUCCUGUCCUGUCCCAUGGAUGUAGAAGGCUCCCGGGUUUGGUUCACUGACCUGUGGAACUACUCCUUGGUGCCCUACCUGCUGGAGGCUGUCAGGGAAGGACUUCAGCUGUACGGCAAAAGAGCUGCGUGGGAGGAUCCAUCCAAGUGGGUGAACGACACGUAUCCGUGGAACGCCGCCUCACUGCAGCAGGACGGCCAAUCGCUGCUCCAGCUGAGGCCGGAGGACGUGGGAUACGACGGCUACAGCUCGUCCAAGGAGGGAGCUUCAUCCAAGCAGGUGUCUCAGAGUGACACAGAGGGAGACCCACUGAUGAACAUGCUCCUAAGGCUGCAGGAGGCUGCUAACUACUCCAGCACACAGAGCUGCGACAGCGACAGCACCAGUCACCAUGACGACCAGCUGGACUCCUCGCUGGAGUCGGCGCUAUGAGACCAAGAGCUUUGCUAGGAGACAUCGGAUCCUUGGAAUCCCUGGACCCCUGGACCACGGGAACCUUUGGACCUCCUUCACUACCAGACACCCCUAUAGUGCACAGAUGUAUGAUAUAUGAAAAGUUUUAUUAUCCAAAAUGAUAUACCCACCAUUUGAAAAAACCCCCACAUAUUUUUACAUAACAAUGGUGCAAUAUUAAAUCAAAUUAUCAUAUGUUUUAAAGGGCAGUAGCCAUCAAGCAUCUUCAGUGGUCAAAUGAUAAACAAUCAUACAAGUUAGCUCAUUUAUAUUUUACAGACCUGAAAUAGUGAAAUUAGCUCAUUUUUAAUUGGUGUAUAACAUUUUAGGAUACAACUUUUCAUAUAUGUGUAGGCGGGGCGUGUCUGAUAAGGGACAGUAGUCUCUCUGAAGUUGACUUGUAAGGAGUAAAUCAUAUUUGUGCUCAGCCAUGAUGAGCUACA